AUUUAACCAGAUAAAGCACUCCAUUCGAUGCUCUAUCCCUCCAAUAGUUUGACUUUUGACCUUCAACUCUUGAACCAAAAUGAAGAUCCUCAAAAACCCAGCAAGGAGUCUCCCCUCUCUAUGUCCAUUAACGAUUUUUCUACUUCUCCUUUUUGUCAACACAAUAAAGGGUUCACCAUUUUCAAUCCAAGAAGCCACAAUCCAAGAAAUCCAACAAGCAUUUGCUCAAAACAAACUAACUUCAAAACAGCUAGUCAACUUCUACUUAGAUAGAAUCCAAGAACUGAACCCUUUACUUCACAGUGUACUAGAAGUCAAUCCAGACGCAUUAGAACAAGCUGGAAAGGCUGAUGAAGAUAGGGAAAGAAACAAGGGCAAGCGGUUCUUAGGGGACUUGCAUGGGAUUCCAGUGUUGUUGAAGGACAGUAUAGGGACUAAAGAUAAGCUGAACACAACUUGUGGGUCAUAUGCUUUGGUGGGAUCAGAGGUUGCUCGUGAUGCCCACGUGGUGGAGAAGUUGAGGAAUGCUGGUGCUGUGAUUCUAGGGAAGGCCAGUCUUAGUGAGUGGUAUAAUUGUAGGUCUUUUGACAUUCCUGAUGGUUGGUGUGCUAGAGGUGGCCUAGCUAAGAAUCCUUAUGUCGAAUCGGCAGAUCCAUGUGGUUCAAGCAGUGGAUCAGCAAUAUCAGUGGCUGCAAAUAUGGUGGCAGUAUCACUAGGGACCGAAACUGAUGGUUCUAUCAUCUGCCCUGCUGAUCACAACUCAGUUGUUGGGCUCAAGCCAACAGUUGGCCUCACUAGUCGGGCUGGUGUCAUCCCAAUUUCGCCUCGCCAGGACACCAUUGGGCCUAUAUGCAGGACAGUGUCAGAUGCAGUGUAUGUGCUUGAUGCAAUUGUUGGUUUUGAUCCAAGAGACUCUCAAGCAACAACCAAAGCUGCUGAGUUUAUACCUGCUGGUGGUUACAAACAGUUUCUGAAGAAGGAUGGGCUCAAAGGGAAGAGAGUGGGCAUAGUGAGAAAUCCAUUUUUGGACUCCUUCAACGAUUCAACUGUUAUCUCAACAUUCAACCACCAUCUGGAAGUGUUAAGGCAAGGUGGUGCAAAUAUAGUGGAUAAUCUUCAAAUAGACAAUAUUGAUGUCAUUUUGGAUCCAUAUCGAAGCGGCGAAGUAAUUGUAAUGCUAGCUGAGUUCAAGCUCACAAUCAAACAGUACCUUGAAGAACUAAUAAAAUCUCCUGUGAGGUCAUUGGCAGACAUCAUCGCUUUCAACAACAAUAAUCCUGAUCUGGAAAGCAUGAGCAAGUAUGGUCAGGAACUACUCCUUGCUGCGGAGAUGACAAAUGGGCUUGGAGAGGAAGAGAUGAAGUUAGUGAAGUUAAUGGAACAACUAUCAGAAGAAGGAUUUGAAAAGAUGAUGAAAGAGAAUGACUUGGAUGCCAUGCUGACACUUGGUGUGGAUGUUUCUACAGUGCUAGCUAUUGGAGGGUACCCUGCACUUACAGUCCCAGCUGGGUAUGACAGCAAGGGAAAGCCAUUUGGGAUCUGUUUUGGAGGAUUAAAGGGAAUGGAACCAAAGCUGAUUGAGGUUGCUUAUGCUUUUGAGCAGGCUACCCUGUCUCGCAAGGCGGCUCCUUCUCUUUGGACUUGAAACAAAAACCCUGUCUCUCUAAAUUAUGAUUUUCUUUUGCUGUAUGAAUGUACCAAAAAUAUGCCGCUGCCUGUAGCAUUGCAUACAUCAACUAUCUCUCCCUUCCCCUUGUCUCUCGACUAGAAUGAAAAGUCUCAACUUUUGAACUUC